GGCUCCCGUCCCAGGCCGGGGCCAUGUCGGUGGUGGGCAUUGACCUGGGCUUCCAAAGCUGCUACGUUGCCGUGGCCCGGGCCGGCGGCAUCGAGACGAUCGCCAAUGAGUACAGCGACCGCUGCACCCCGGCGUGUGUUUCUUUUGGUCCUAAGAAUCGUUCAAUUGGAGCUGCAGCUAAAAGCCAGGUUAUUUCAAAUGCAAAGAAUACAGUCCAAGGUUUUAAGAGAUUUCAUGGCAGAGCAUUCUCAGAUCCAUUUGUUCAAGAGGAGAAGUCUCACCUUGCAUACGAAGUUGUGCAAUUACCAACAGGUUCAGCUGGUAUCAAGGUAACAUAUAUGGAGGAAGAGCGGAAUUUCACCAUUGAGCAGGUCACAGGAAUGCUCUUGUCCAAAUUAAAGGAAACUGCAGAAAAUGCCCUGAAGAAACCUGUUGUUGACUGUGUAGUUUCAGUCCCCUGCUUCUAUACAGAUGCGGAGAGAAGAUCAGUGCUGGAUGCAACACAGAUUGCGGGUCUUAAUUGUCUGCGAUUGAUGAAUGAAACUACUGCAGUUGCCCUUGCAUAUGGAAUCUAUAAACAAGAUCUGCCUGCUCUGGAAGAGAAACCAAGAAAUGUUGUGUUUGUUGACAUGGGACAUUCUGCCUACCAGGUGUCUGUGUGUGCAUUCAACAAAGGAAAACUCAAAGUUCUUGCCACUGCAUUUGAUCCAACAUUGGGAGGUAGAAAAUUUGAUGAGAUGUUAGUAAAUCACUUCUGUGAAGAAUUUGGGAAGAAAUACAAACUAGACAUCAAGUCCAAAAUCCGUGCAUUGUUGCGCCUUUCUCAGGAGUGUGAAAAGCUCAAGAAAUUGAUGAGUGCAAAUGCUUCAGACCUCCCCAUGAACAUAGAAUGUUUCAUGAAUGAUGUUGAUGUAUCUGGAGUUAUGAACAGGAGCAAAUUUCUGGAAAUGUGUGAUGAUCUCUUAGCUAGAGUGGAGCCACCACUUCGAAGUAUUUUGGAACAAGCCCAGUUAAAGAAAGAGGAUAUUUAUGCAGUAGAGAUAGUUGGUGGUGCCACUAGAAUCCCUGCAGUGAAAGAGAAGAUCAGCAAAUUCUUUGGUAAAGAACUUAGUACAACAUUAAAUGCAGAUGAAGCAGUCACACGAGGAUGUGCAUUACAGUGUGCGAUAUUGUCUCCUGCUUUCAAAGUACGAGAGUUUUCUACCACUGAUGUUGUACCAUAUCCAAUAUCUCUUCGAUGGAAUUCCCCAGCAGAAGAAGGAAUAAGUGAUUGUGAAGUCUUCCCGAAGAAUCAUGCAGCCCCUUUCUCUAAAGUUCUCACAUUUUAUAGAAAGGAACCAUUUAAUCUUGAGGCCUAUUACAGUUCUCCUAAGGAUUUACCUUACCCAGAUCCUGCUAUAGCCCAAUUUUUGGUUCAGAAAGUGACUCCGCAGACUGAUGGAUCCAGUUCAAAAGUGAAAGUAAAAGUUCGAGUCAAUGUGCAUGGUAUUUUCAGUGUGUCUAGUGCAUCCCUCGUGGAGGUACACAAGUCUGAUGAAUGUGAAGAGCCUAUGGAAACAGAUCAGCAUACAAAAGAGGAAGAGAAAAUGCAGGUAGACCAAGAUGAACAGAAAACUGAGGAAAACCAACAUCCAAUACAAGGGGAAAAUAAGACAGAAUCUGAAGAAAUGGAGACUUCUCAGCCUGGGUCCAAAGAUAAAAAAAUGGAUCAACCACCUCAAGCCAAGAAGGCAAAAGUUAAAACCACUACUGUGGAUCUCCCUAUUGAGAAUCAGUUGUUAUGGCAGAUAGGAAGAGAAAUGUUGAACUUAUACAUUGAAAAUGAGGGUAAGAUGAUCAUGCAGGAUAAGCUGGAGAAGGAAAGAAAUGAUGCCAAGAAUGCUGUAGAAGAAUAUGUUUAUGAAAUGAGAGACAAACUAAAUGGCCUAUAUGAGAAAUUUGUUAGUGAGGAUGAUCGUAACAGUUUUACUUUGAAAUUGGAAGAUACUGAAAAUUGGUUGUAUGAAGAUGGAGAAGACCAGCCCAAACAUGUUUAUAUUGAUAAAUUAACAGAAUUGAAGAAUCUGGGUCAGCCUAUUAAAAAUCGGUUCCAGGAAUCUGAAGAAAGACCAAAGGCAUUUGAAGAACUGGGGAAACAAAUCCAAAUGUUUAUGAAAAUAAUUGACUCUUUCAGAAACAAGGAAGAACAGUAUGACCAUUUGGAUGCAGCAGAUGUGCUGAAAGUUGAAAAGAGCAGUAACGAAGCAAUGGAAUGGAUGAACAGCAAGCUAAAUCUUCAAAACAAGCAGAGUCUUACUGUGGAUCCAAUCGUGAAGACGAAGGAUAUUGAAGCAAAAAUCAAAGAGCUUACAAGCAUUUGUAACCCUAUAGUUACGAAACCUAGACCCAGAGUGGAGCUUCCAAAAGAUGAUGAACAUGUGGAACAGAAUGGACCAGUAGAAGGACAAGAUGAUAGCCACGGAGGGGCUCAGUCCACUGAGCAGAAUAUAGAUCCAAGCACCUCCCCAGAUUCUGAGAAGAAACUUCCUGAAAUGGACAUUGAUUAAUUCCAGCAUUUGUUUAUAUUAAAACCCACUUAUCAUAAAGCUUUAAGUUGUCAACUUUGUUCUAAAAUAGCAAAGAAACAGAUUAAUAUUGCAAUUUAUUUAGAGUUUGUUUUCUAGUUUUUUUCUCUUGAAGGGAAAAUCCAUGUAUUGAAUAUGAAAACUGCAAAAUGCGUCAAUACACCAUCCAGUAUGUUGUCUGUUUUCCUCAUAGUUCUUAUCUUAUACCUGUUUACUUUAAACUUCCUGAAGCAGCAGUUCCUUUUUUAUUUUUUACAUUUGAUCAGAUUGGAGAAGUUUAUUAUGAAGAUCUAGGCCAGAGAACUGUAAUUAGCUGUUGAUGAAGCUUGUUAGGAUGCUCUGGCCAUGGGCCUGCAAGUAUAUAACUGUAUUUUAAACAUUGUUGGGGGUGGGAAGGAGGGAAACUAGAAAGGCAUGACUUUCUGAGGUUUUUCUGUAGCACAGAAAAAGAUGGUGUCCUAAUUCUUUCUUUGCUUGUAUAUUAAGACACUCCUUAAAUGAACAGAUUCCCUCAUAGCAAGUUCCAUAAUAUGUUAAUCUAUUUGGAAUACAAAUUAAAUGAGUGGGGACGUGUUUUAAUCAGGGUUUUAGACCUGAAAGAGGCUUCUUAAGUUGUGUUAUAUAUCCCAGUCACCAAAGUUUAAGCAGAUCUUUAAUGGAUGUAUGAUAUCAUGGCUAAGAUGUUUUCCUGAAUUUAGUAGAUAUGAAGUAGGGUGUAUAUCAAGAUAAACACAUCCAAGAAAUGUACAUUUUAGUCUCUGUUCAGAUUGAGUUGUACUCUUAGAUGGUUAUUCUAAUGGGAAUGUUUUGUCCGCCUUGGGAAGUGCUGAAGAGUUAGUUAAGUAAGAGUUGCAAAUUUCUUAAGUUCAGACACACACUGGCUGUUACCAUAGAAUAUCUAUGAUGAACCUGCAAAUACUCAUUUGUGUAUUUUGAAUCAAAUAGAUGCAAAACUACAAAAAGUUAACAAGAAAUAAAUACACUGGAUUAUAC